AUGAGCCGAAAUCGGCCGCUUACUGAUAGAGAACUAUUAGAUAUAAUAGAAGCCGGAUUAUUAGACAUUGAAGGACUCAGUGACGGCGAAUUCAAUGAAGAUGAUGAUCCUGAUGAAUUACAAGCAAUGAGUGAUGAGGAGGAAGAGGCUGAACCUGUUCCCAGCACACCUGUAACUCAACAACGUGAAGAGACUGAGCAUCUAGAACAAGCAGAACCUAAACCUGCUCCCAACAUAAUGGCAAAAACUCCACAAAAGUCGAAGAAAUCCAAUAUAGAAGACUAUUUGGAAAACAAUGAUAUUUUUCAACCCAUGAUGGAAUAUACAAAUCUUUACGCUGUUCAGCAACAAACCCGCUUUGUUCCUACGACUGUUGAAGAACUAAAAACGUUUGUAGGAAUACAUAUCAUCAUGGGUAAUCUACAUUACCCAAGAAUUAAGUUUUACUGGGACCAUAAAUUACAAAUUCCACUGAUUUCCAAUAAUAUGACUGUUAACAGGUUUUAUAAAUUGCGACAACAUAUUCACUUCGUGAAUAUUCACGAAAAACUGGACAACAGUGACAGAUUUUGGAAGGUGCGUCCGUUAUAUGAUGCAAUUAGGAGAAGAUGCCUUUCCCUUCCAUUGGAAUCAAAAUUGUGUGUGGACGAGCAAAUGGUGCCGUUCAAAGGCAGUUUAAACGUCAAGCAAUACGUCAAAAACAAACCCAAACCAUGGGAAUUUAGAUUUUUGCGCUAUGUGGCAGCAGUGGCAUCUUUACCUAGGCAAGAAAUAGGCAAAUAUAUACAACGUGCACAGCAAGAUAGAGCUGAAAGAUUUAAAAAUCCGCCAUUUUCGUCCGAUAAGGAUAUGAAAAUAAAAGGUCGAGGUUGUUCCGAAGAAAUUAUUAGCGGGGAUGGGGAAGUCAUAAUGACAAAAUGA